AUGCAUACUCCUGCGCUCCAACAUACUUACAGCAGCUCACAGGAAUUUAGUCCCAGAGAGGAAUCGCUUUCCUGUAAGGAAAAUGACCAUAGCUAUGCGUCUUUAGAGAGUUUGGCAUCUUUUUUAAGAAACUCAACAAAGUCUCUAGAAAAGACAGAAAGGUAUGGUUCUCCUGAUAAAGAAGACCAUAGACACAGUUUUAGUACAAGGUCUUUAUUUGAGAAGGAAGAGCAAACAAAGUUCCAAUUUGAAUUAUUUAGCCCACAUUCCCAACAACAGGUGCAGCCACAACACCUGGCUGCUCAAGCAAUAUCCCAGCAACAUUUGCAAGAAGCUGGUACAGGUGACUGGAAACCCCAGGACAUUGUAAUGUCUGUAUCAGUAUCCAUUCAAGCAUCCCUCAGUGAUGAGCUUCUUACUAAGAAAGGUCUAACAGAAGUAGAUAGAAGAAAGCCUCUACCUCAUCCUCAAGCAUGGUUUGUUUCUUUAGAUGGACAUUCCAAAACCGUUAGACAUUCCUUCACUGAUCUUCAACCAGGUGGAAGGAAUGGAGUUAACAACAGCCUCGAUUAUGGAGAUGACAUGGAUGAGCUAAAAUGGCAAGGGCAGGUGUAUCCGCAGAAAGAUUUGGAUGAAAUGGACCAAAGUGUCAGUGAACGUGGAACUGCAGUUUGUAGUCCUGAAGAUAAUAAUCCAAGAUGUGUGUUGAAGGGAGGGAGAAGAAGGGGUAGCCAAUUGCCCAGCCUGCAGCAGGAAACAAUAAAGAGAAGUGUAGAAAGUCCACCAGAGCCUUUACCAAGUACAGAACAUAAAAUCACUGGACACCAUGGAGCAGAUAGUGAUGGCAAUGACAGUCAUGAUGGUAGUCAUCAAAGGGCAAGUAAAAAGACCUCUUGGCAAAAGCGAGAGGAAAGACCAGUCCUGAGAUUCAAUCUGAAGUAA